AUGGUUGAUGGAGUUUCUGAUGGUGUAAUUGGAAGAGGCACUGAUGGAAUCUGUGGUGGUAAGAUUGAUGGAGAUUUAGGUGAAAAAAUUGGAGAAUGCACUGGCGGAGUCUGUGAUGGUGGAACUGAAGGACGCACUGGUAGAAUCUCCUCCGUAGGCGUUGGCGUGAUGAUUAAUGGAGGAAGCUGGGGUGAUAUGGUUGGAGAUGUUUGGGGUGGAGUCUGCGAUGGUGUGAUUGGAGGACUUACUGAUGGAGUCUUCGGUGGUGGGACUGGAGGAGUCUCCGGUGGUGUGAUUGGAAGUAUUGAUGGAGUCAAUGGUGGUGGAGUUGGAGAAGUUUGCGGUGGAGUCUGUGGUGGUGUGGUUGGUGAUGGAUUGUUUGGUGGAAACGUUGGCGGUAGGAUGCUUGGUGGUGUCUGCAGUGGGGGAGCCCCUGGUGUUAUUGGUGAAGUUUGA